ACCCCACACAUAUGUAUAAUUUGGCGCAAACGAAAGGUUUCACUUGUUCUAUUAACGCGUUUCUUAAAACUUUUCCUUACCAUGCGCACGUUGAUCACGCAGGACCACCGUACAGCAGAAGGGUGACGUGCGAUUGAUUUCCGGAAUCCAUCGUCGAUUAGCAUGUUUUUUUCGAUUUCUUCAAAGAUCUGGAGACAACUACCCCAUGCUCAUGAAGUGAUGUCAGCCUUUUGGUAAUAACGUUUUUAAUCAAUAGUACUGUAUGUUGCAAAAUAUCCCAUUAUUGACUUGUAACAAGGCUAGUACCAGUAUCAUGUUAGCUAGCUAGACUUUUCUUUUUUUUUGCAAGCCUGAUACGACCCCAUUUUUGGCUGAUACCUUGUUUGUUACCUAGUCGAAUUUUGCGAUGUGACCGUUUUAUUGAACCUAUGUUGCACUCUUCUGCGCUGGACGGUCUUUGCCACUUUAGUUGCUAGCUAGCUGGAGGAGCUGUCACUCUUAUUGGUUAGAGAAACAGAUACGUGAUAGACAUGGCAUAUUUCUACCCACUUAUUAUGAAUAAUAGGGCUCUCUGAAGAGAUUCACUUCAGGAUCACACACACACAGUCCUGACUUGCUCCCACAAGCACAGAUGUUUGGGACAGAUCCCACUGUGAAUUGAUCUGUGAAAAAGACACACAAGCAGUAUGUCGGAGAACCUAGUCCUCACAUUCCAGACCCAGCUCUCAGGAGUCAUGGAGACAGUCCUAAAGUCAGCCAUGUACGAGAUCACCAGACUGGUGGAGGAUGGCUUCCUGGAGGAGGUAAGACGUGGUCAACAGGAAGUGGAGUCUCUGCGGACCUUGCUGCAGCGGGCAGAGAGUCAGCUGAAGGAUGUCAGUCAGAGGGCCAGGUGUGGAGACUGUGGCAGGACAGAUGUCUACAACGAGGAAACAGACGACAGACCUCCAGGAAUACAGGACAGUGUGCUUCUGCUGAGCGGGUGUGACCUGAAGCUGGAGGAGGAGCCAGAGGUCAGGUGGAGAAGCUGUGGACAGGAAACAGUGGAGUCAUCACAGGUAGCAGCUAAACCAACUCCUCCCACUCCUCCAGCUCCCAGUCCUUCGCUGGUAGGCAGUGUUAAGGAGGAGGAAGGGGAGGAGGACAUAGAGCCGUGGAGAAUCAAGGUGGCCAUACAGCCGUCUGCAGCUCACACCUACACAGAGGAGCAGCGGGACUCACACUCACUCGUUCAGAGUACAGGAGACUCUAUUGGGUUUCCCUCUGCGGACCCAGAGGCCCAACAGGUCACCCAGACACCCAGACUAGCAGGGCCAUCUCAGAACCAGAGCAGAGGACCCAGCAAUGAUGGUGACAGAACGAGGAGUACAGCCUCACCGGUGUGGAUAGGCCGUAGAAUAUUAGACACGGAUACUGACGUUCACAGACAAGCUCAGUCGAACCUACGACUGGUAAGAGAGCCUCUGUCGUCCUCUGAAUCGGCAGAGACGAAGCAGCUAGCUAGAGAUUUUGCUCCCCAAACCAAUCCCAGCACAGCGGGGGCCUCUGUCUCCUCCUCCUCAUCAGGCUGUCAUGUCUUCAGCUCUCUAAACUACAGGAUUCCUUCCAAAUAUAAGCCCAGUGCUCAAACCCUGCCGCGCAUGAGAGUAUACAGGGAUGCUGCCAAGCGGGGCGGCUACCCGAUGUACAACAGGGGGACCGCCCAGGGAGGGCUCACCUCCUCCCAAACCCCAACCCAACAACAAGGGAACUACCAGCAUCAUCACCCUGGGAGGCUGGCCCUCCGCUGCCCAGUGUGUGGUAAAGUCUUCCCCCAUCCCAGUAGCCUUAAGGCCCACCAGCAGACCCACACGGGGGAGAGGCCGUUCAUCUGCGCCCUGUGUGGCCGGAGCUUCACUAAGUUAAGCAACCUGAAGGCCCACCGGCGCGUUCACACUGGGGAGAGACCCUACAGCUGCUCGGACUGCGGCAAACGCUUCACACAGAAGUGCAACCUUAAGAGGCACCAGAGGAUUCACAUGGAGAACGAUAUAUGAUGUGGGUGUGUGUGUGUGGGGCGGAGUGUAUGGGUGGGGAGGUGUGGGGAGGAGUGGGUGUGUGGAGGAGUGAAUGGGUGGGGAGGAGUGGGUGUGUGGGUUUGCCAGGGGUGUUGGUUGUUAAUUUGACCCAUGUUAUUGCAUAAAUAGUAUAUAGUUUGUUAUUCCUUUAUAUCAAUACUGUUGAUAUGAAGUUAGACAUGAUGUAGGAUAGAUGAGCUGUGUUUUCCCCCAUGUUGUUGUCUACAGUUUUUAUAAUAAUGUAUAGUCAUUUACAUUUCUAUAAGUGAAUUGAAGUUUCUCUAGACCUAGUUCUCAGAUGAAUGUUCUACCAUAGAUGGCUAGUGUGGUAGCUAAUAAGCACUCGUCUUUUAAAAUCUGAGCACUAUGACAAUGCUCUAUCCAUGUUCUUGUGAGUGUCCCAAAUCAAAUGUAGGCCUAUACAACAUGUAAUCGAAUAUGUAUACCCUAUAAAAUGUAACAUAAAACAUUUUACCUUGGUCAAUGAACAAUGGCUGCUGAGUGAAUAAGGUCAAUAUUGCUUGUGAAUGGAGAUUGUUUUUGUAUGCUGUUUGGGCGCGGCACAGUAGAUUGAACUAAGUGGAUAACAAAAAAAUACAUCUUUAUGAACAAAGAUUUGUAUGAGAACAUAAAGCAUGGUUGUAUUGUGAAAUCAAAAUCAUAGCUGUGCACUGUUUGCAUUGGAAGUAUAACAUACAAGGGAUGGAUACAAUAGUUUUAUUUUAUAAGUAAAUGGGGUGACUGAAGAAAUAGUUUUUGACUAAACUAGAUAUAGGCCUAGGAUUUGUUUGUGGUUUUUAAAUCCAAAUUAAAGCAGUCAAGCGUG